AUGGUGGCAUUGAUGCCGGUUCAAGCGGAACCAAAUGUUGGAAACCAAAAGACGCCGGAGGAGGAGCCGUUCCAUCUGGUGGACAGAAAGGAAAAGAGAAAAAAGAAGAAAAAGAAACAGGUGGAGGAAGCAGUGGACCAGGCAGCAACCGCGAAGCCAGCAGGACCAGGAUCGGGGACGACGGAACAAGGACCAGCAGCAGGACGGACUAGAGCAGCCAAGGAAGACCGGAGGCCGAGGAGGAAGCAGCGACCGGAGGCAGUGCUAAUAAAACCAGGUAAGACCCAAUCUUGUGGAGAUGUCCUGAGGGCUCUGCGCUCUGGACUUCAUCCAGAGGAAUUGGGCUUAGAGGUUAAGGCCGUGAGGACUGCCAGUAAAGGUGGUCUUCUUAUCGAGUUCGAGGGAUCUGUAAAAGAUCGCUCGGCACUCGGUAGUAAGAUCACGGAGGUAGCCGGAGGAGACGUGGAGGUGCGCCAUCUUUACCCUACUGCCACGGUAGUAAUAGACGGGAUGGACGCCGCCACGACCGUCGAAGAGGUCCGGGCGGCCUUGGGGGAAGCUGCCGGUGGGAUCGCGGAUGGACUCAACGUGACUAUCACGAAGCCCAAUAAAUGGGGAGCCGUCCGCGCUUUCAUCGAGGCUGAACUUGGGGCUGCUGCGACCUUGGAGACCUUGGGAAAGGUCAAAGUCGGCUGGACGGUUUGUCGAAUCCGCCGCCGGGAGCGACUGGACCGGUGCUAUCGAUGCCAAGGACUGGGUCACUUAGCGGGCUCGUGCAAGGCAAAGGAGGACCGAAGUGGUUGCUGCUGGCGGUGUGGUGAGGCGGAUCACCAGUCGAAGGCCUGUACCAAGCCUCCGAGUUGCCAUCUCUGUGCAGCGGUGGGGAACGGGCGAGCCUCUGAUCACGUGGCGGGUUCUGGACGGUGUGCGACUUAUCGGGAGGUGCUACAAAUAAAUCUACACCGGUGCAAACUGGCCCUUGAUCUGCUGUACGCUAGAAAUCGUGACAACGGAAUGGAUAUUGUUUUGGUAUCAGAGCAAUACCAUUCUGUGUCUGGGCCAAAUUGGUACUGUGACCCUACGGGCACAGCGGCAGUUUGGGUUCCGGAUCGAAGUCGCCUUUCUGUGCGUAACAGUGGAUCGAGGGACGGCAUUGUGUGGGUCGUGACACCAGCAGUUACCUUCGUGUCUGUGAGGGGAAACCCAACUACUGUGCCGGAGCGACAAAUGAAGCAAACAGGAUGGAAGGUGUCACUCCUGGAUGAGAGCGCAUUUCAAAAUGCGGUCUCAGAUAGAAUUGACACGCUUCCUGACUUACUUGCAGAGUCGCGCGAAAAUCUUGAGUCACUUGUCGGUCAAACGAUGGAA